AGUUGAGUGCGAGAGAAUUUCGACCAUAUAGAGCGCGCAAUGCGAAAACCGUUGAGCGUCAAAUGAUGAGAAAAAGAAUGAAAAAUGACAUCGAUCGAAGUCGACUCGAACCCAGCUUCCUCGGAUAUAGCUGGUCGUCCGGAAAAAGUGCAAAAAUCUUCCGGAUUCACCAGAUCAAAGAACUUUAUGAAAAAGAUAGUUCGAAUAUUAGAAGACGACAGAUUAGAGGAUGUCGAGCAGGAGCUAAACGACCAAAAUUCCAGUCAAAUUGGAGAGCAUUUAUGUCUCAAGAAAGUUCUCAACAUAACCUUCAUAACCACUGGAAUUGUUCUCUUCGUGUCUGUUGUAAUAGUUAUAAUCUAUACGGCUGUCGGUAAAUAUGCAAAUUACCCUUGUAAGGCUUUAAUACGCAUGAAUUGUUUCGUAGAGCGUCUAAUUUCCUAUAUAUGUAAUCAAUUAGCCUAUAAUCAAUAUGAGCGUAAUUAGCAUAUCUGAACGCGAUAAAGAUUGAUACGGAUAUUGGCAGAGUGGACGACUCGCGAUAGCAAGAGUUUUUUUGUUUCAAGUAUCUAGAACAAAAGGGAGAACGAGUAUGAAUGACUAGUAUAAGAGACCGGAAAGUAGAACUACGACUAUGGGCGUGUGUCGAAGUAGGAAUAGGAGGCGGUGUAGGAGGGAGAGGAAAGAAGCUAAGAAGGGGAGUGGCAAGCUAAAGAGAGAGAGAGACAGAGAGAGAGAGACAGAGAGAGAGGGGGGGGAGGGGGGAGGGGACGGGCGAUAUUCCGAUGGCAGAUGUGAAUGAAAACAAUAGUUUUGAACACAAUAAGUUGAAAUGAGUUAGAAAGCGAACAAGCUGUAGAAUAGACGCACGUGUUGCAGUUAACAAUUCGAUGUUAACUCGGGGUUGCUUUAUUAUUUUUUAUUUUUUUUUUUUCAUUUUUUUUUCUCUCUCUCUCUCUCUCUCUGUCUCUUUCUCUCCUUUUAUUUCAUUUUUCAUAUUCUUUACCGAGUUAAAAAAAAGCGUCUAACGCAACAAAGACAGAUAUCAAGCGACCUAAUGAGAAAUCGCCGUCGAGAAUUCGAAAUGAGCAAAAGGCCGAAAUUAAGCGAACGAGUAUGCAAAUGUGGCUAAAGCCUCGACUGUCGCAUUUGUAUAAAUAUUGAGAGGCAGAUUAAUUGGUGAAGGGCAUAUACACAUCUGAAAUCCGAAGGGAUAUAAUCUAGAACGUUUCAUAAUGUCUAUAUAUAAAAAAUAUAUGGAUAUAGGCGGCUGUUUAUAUAAUUGUAUUUAUAUUUAUAUAAUUGUAAAACGUUGUUAUGUAACAUUAUAGACGCCGUUUAAUUCUUUAGCAGAACCGUCUAUAUAAGAGAUUAGUCAGCAAAAGUAAUGAGAUUAAGGCUGACGGCAAAAAAAUAAAAAAAAAAAGCGGACAAGUGCAUUGCUGCAGUAAAGUUUGCUGUUGCCGUUGACAGUUAUCUGCUGUCCCGCUUUUAUAUUCAAUCGAGUUGCCCGCUAUAAUUUCAAUUGCGCUAUAUAAUUUUGUCCACAAUUUUUACGCUUUUCUCCUCUUUUAAGCCUAUAAUAAAAAAUGGAUAUUUCCAUUUAAUUACCAGCUGUAGGGAUAAAGAGAGAGAAAGAGAGAGGGAUAAGGCAAGGGUGGAAGUCGGUGUGAGUAAGAGCGAUAUACGUAGGAAUAAGGCAUGGAAAAGUGCAAUUAAAGAAAAAAACGAAGAAAAUAUGGACGUUUAUCCAAAGUUGACCAGUUUUUUAUAUUUCCCCAGUUGCGCAUAGUCCUUCCUUAAAUUAGAAGUAGGCGAUGGGCGGUCCGCCUCCCCAUUUUCCCGCAAGAGGUUGUAUUAAUAAAUUAUAAAGCGACCUAUAAGUGAUAGUUGUAUCGUUCUUAAAAUGCAUUAGCCAUUUGCAAUGGGUCAUCGAAUGCAACUUGAUGGAAUUAUUUAAACAUGUAAUAUCUUAUUAGAUAGAGUGAGUUAGGCUUUAUAAGUAAAUGAUAUUUGUAUUUAAAACAAUACGCAUAUUGGAGGAGGAGGAGGAGGAGGAGGAGGAGGAGGACGAGGGUUGGUGGUAGUUUAACCGACCAAUCUUUCAAUAGUUGAACAGACACAAGCAAAAAGAAUAAAUGUAUAUUGUAUAUAUCUUUACAGACUAUAUAUAUUGUAUAGUAUAUAUUUAUUAAGCUGGUUAUGUACAUAAGUAUUUCAACUCACGCUACUGCAAUAAAUUUGCGGCUGACAUGAAUAGUCCAUAUUUUUUGCGUUUAUUCGUCGUCCGUAAAAAGUAAUUCUUUACAAGUUAAUUACGCUUGUAUGGUGUAUAUAUAUAUAUAUAUAUAUAAAUAUAUAGUUCUUUCUCUCUCUCUUUCUCUCUCUCCCUCUUUUAACAUAGAUAUUGUCUUAGAGGGCAUGAUUCUAUUUACCCUUUUUCAGUAUAAAAGAAAGAAUCAAACUAGUUUGGUCCAAUAAACACUUUCGGUGAGCCUCUUUUAUCUUAAAAUAAACAAACAUAAAUCUUUCUUUCCAAGUGUUUCUCUUUUUCAUAUUUCUUGCAUUUUGUUUGUCUCCUUCUUAUGUUUGUUUGUUUAUUUGUUUGUUUUUUUUUUAAAAAAAACAAGGAGACAAACAAAAUAAUGAACAGGGAAACAAACUAAACAAAUAAGUAAAUAAAAAAACAAUUUGAAAGAAAGACUAUUCGAAAUCCUUUUAUUUAAAUUCCUCGGUGAGUUGUGGCUGGUUUUCUACUAAAUUUAAUUUGUGUAUAAAUACUAUAUAUCUGUAUUCAGGGAAGCCCGGAUUGGGAACCGCAGAUUUCGUGAUACAAACAGCCGAUAGUCAAUCAAUGGAGCCAACAGCGCAAUUAAACGCCAUUCAAACGACUACUGCUGAUGAUGAAACUACGCCUAUGUAUACUUUUAGUUUAUCGCACGAGGAGGAGAAAUUCGAUAAGAAUUAUCCUGCCAUCUCUUUUGAGGUACAACCAAUCGCUUUCCAUCUCAGAUCAUCUAUAAGAAAAUUACGUCAUCAUUUUAAAUCUCAUCCGAACCAUCGAAGGCAAAGGUUCUUUCCAAUUUUUUAAAAGAUUAAACGCCAUCACAUUUUCUCUCCCGAUAUCUUUCCCUAUCUCUAUAUCUUUCUUAUAUACUGUGUACUGUAUCCAGGGUGUAUAUAUAUAUAUAUAUAUCUUUAUAUCUUAAGUACCUUAUUUAUUAUCUAUUAUAAUAUACACUAUACACUGUACACUAUGCAGUAUAUACAAUAUAUAUAUAUAUAUAUAUAUAUAUUUACACUAUAAGACUAUAUGCAAACAAUGAUAAUACGCUGUUAUAUACACAAAUAACAGUCGUAUAAGCUUUUAUUUCCCUUCUAUACAGUAUACUGUAAUAGGAAUAUGUUUAUGUUUAUUUAUUUGUUUUUUCUCCUCUCUGUUCUUCACUUUAUCAUUUCUUUAUCUCUCUAUCUCUAUCUCUCUCGCUCUCUUCCUCUUCCUCUUUCUCUCUUCUCUUCUUUUUCUCUCACUCAUCUCGCUUUCUCUCUCUUUCCAUCUUCCACGCGAAAGAGAAGACACAGAAAUGCAAUUGGAACAAAACCACGAAGAGGAGGAGCAGAAAGAAAAGGAAGAGGAAAGGGAAGGGAAGAAAGAGAAACUUAACGGCUGUUUUGUUUUGAACUUUCUUCUCUAAUUCCUUAAACUUUUUCCCUCCAAGUCUUUGCAUGAAAACGCUGUGCCUUUUUGAAUUUUAUGCAUUAAUUUUACUGUGCUGUCUCUUUCAAAAUAUAAUAUUUUACACCUUUUUGCUUCUGAUAACCACCAUCAUUGAGUAAUCACAAUAGCAGUAGCAAAUAUACUCUAUAUCUAUAAUAGUGUUACAAAUUUCAGUAGUCCCAUUACUGUUGUAACAACUGUUACAACUUGUUAGUUGUAUCCUCUACUCUUGUUACCUAUUAUAUAGCGCAACUAAUUGUCAUAUAUAGCCAAAUCUGGAGAGGGUGUAGAGGUGGUUUAAGGAUUUUCCGGUAUCACUCUUCCAAUAUGCUUCUUAAAGUGUGCCAUCUGGAAAUGUCAAUUUAAAGCAUUUACACCUUUUUUCCCCCCAACUGCAAUGGCUCUUUAACUCACAGAUUUCUAAUGUAGAUAAUGGCGAUGAUGACGAUAAAGGUACUUGACUGAUUUAUUGCUACUUUUAAAGAGAGAAACAAACAUUUAAUCAGCUGGAACAAUUAGAGUAUUUUGUCUAUUUGAGUAGGAAAGUUUUGAGAGAACAUGCGAUUUGUUGAUCAGAUUUCUUCAAUACAUACUCUCACAUAAGAAU